UACCGAAUCAAACCCCUAAACCCUCCUCAGAGUAUCGCCAUGAAACGUAGCAACUAUAGACACAACUUGCGAAGGGAACUUCGUUCGACAUCAUUCAAGAUAUAAUCUUUCUUCAAUUUUGGGUGAAGGGGUGCUUUGAUUUUGAGGAAUUUAUAGUAUUCCUGAUUUUGAUCAACCCUCCAAAUUUCCUUCAUACCAUGAAUUUCUUCUUCAAACAACAUUUCCAUUAAUUUCCGAAGAGUGUCACUGCGUGGAUUUUCCCUAUGGCGUAUACGAGCUGAUGACUUUCUCAUCCUUCACCGCUUUUCGAGCUUCGCAUUACCGCACUCUUACUCAGGUAAGAGCUUCUGACAAAGGGUUAGUCACAACAACACCUAAUUCUGAUUCUUGGUUUGUAAAGAUUGUUUCUACUCUCUUUCUUCGCUCUGACUCUUUGGAUGAUAGCUUUGUGGCUUAUUUUCGUCAACACUUAACUCCUUCUCAUGUGUUGGAGGUUGUUAGAAGGCUUAACAAUCCCAACUUAGGUUUCAAGUUCUUUCAGUUCACUAUGGAGAGGUUGAAUAUGUCUCACUCAUUCUGGACUUAUAACAUGCUUUUGAGGUCCCUUUGUCAAUCAGGUCUCCACAAUACAGCAAAAAUGUUGUAUGAUUCUAUGAGGUCUGUUGGCCAAUUGCCUGAUUCCAGGCUUUUGGGAUUUUUGGUUUCUUCUUUUGCAUUGGCUGAUAGGUUUGACGUUUCAAAGGAAUUACUUGCUGAAGCUCAGUGCAAUGGGGUUCAAGUAAAUUUCAUUGUUUAUAAUAACUUCUUAAACAUAUUGAUAAAACACAGUAAAUUAGAUGAUGCCAUUUGUCUGUUUAGGGAGCUUACGAGAUCACAUUCUCAUCUAGAAACCGUCACCUUCAACAUUUUAAUCCAAGGUUUGUGCACAGCCGGAGAAGUUGAUGAAGCUUUUGAGCUUCUCAGUGACAUGAGAAGUUUUGGUUGUUCCCCUGACAUAGUUACGUAUAACACUUUGUUACAUGGUUUAUGUAGAAUUGACCAGGUUGAUAGAGCAAGGGGUUUACUAAGAGAAGUUUGUUUGAAAUGUGAGUUUGCUCCUAAUGUUGUGAGCUAUACAACGGUGAUAUCAGGUUAUUGCAGAUUGAGUAAGAUGAAGGAGGCCUCCUCUCUUCUUGAUGAGAUGGUUAGAUCUGGAAUCAAGCCUAAUGCAUUUACGUAUAGUGCCCUUGUUGAUGGCUUUGUUAAGGCAGGUGACAUGGCUUCUGCACUAGGCAUGCACAAGAAGAUGAUAUUUCACGGUUGUACUGCCAAUGUUGUUACAUUAACUUCUCUAAUUGAUGGCUAUUGCCGAGUGGGAUGGGUGAACCAUGGCUUGCACCUGUGGCAUGAAAUGAAUGCAAGAAACAUUCCUUCAAAUUUGUAUACUUUCUCUGUUCUUAUCAGUGCUCUGUGCAAGAGCAAUAGACUGCAUGAAGCUCGUGACCUUUUGAGACUGUUGAAACAGAGUGAAAUUGUUCCACAGUCUUUUGUCUACAACCCUGUCAUUGACGGAUAUUGCAAAUCUGGUAACAUUGAUGAAGCUAAUGCAAUUGUAGCAGAAAUGGAAGAGAAGUGCAAGCCUGAUAAGUUGACAUUUACCAUUCUUAUUAUUGGGCAUUGUAUGAAAGGAAGAAUGGAUGAAGCAAUUGGUAUCUUUUACAAGAUGUUGGCAGCUGGUUGUUCCCCAGAUGACAUCACACUUAGAACCUUAAGUUCAUGUCUUUUGAAGGCUGGGAUGCCUGGUGAGGCUGCCCGGGUUAAGGAAACUUUAUUUGAGAACCAGGGCACCUUACUGAAAAAAUCUUAUCAUGAUAGUAUAAAUGCUGAUAAGUCAAUUCCUGUUCAUUAAAGUACUACUUCAAAUCAGUGGUUAGACUUAGAAACUGCCUUCCACUGUUUUGCUUUGGGGCAUAAUACAUUCACCAGGCAGUGUGUCUCUUUAGUGGAGAUUAUCAAAUCAAGGGAAUUUGAAUUUGCCAGUC